CUGAUUGGCCGACGCUGCCGGAGGGUUACAAUUCAAACGCGGGCGGGCGGGCCUGCAGCCCUGCAGUUGCAGCCGUGUUUUCCGAGUUCCUGUCUCUUUGCCAGCGCCGCCCGAUGGCCUCCCAAAACCGCGAUCCGGCCGCCGCCAGCGUCGCGGCGGCCCGUAAAGGAGCCGAGCCCAGCGGGGGCGCCGCCCGGGGCCCGGUGGGCAAAAGGUUACAGCAGGAGCUGAUGACCCUCAUGAUGUCUGGUGACAAAGGAAUUUCUGCCUUCCCUGAAUCAGACAACCUUUUCAAAUGGGUAGGGACCAUCCACGGAGCAGCUGGCACAGUAUAUGAAGACCUGAGGUAUAAGCUCUCCCUGGAGUUCCCCAGUGGCUACCCUUACAAUGCACCCACGGUGAAGUUCCUCACGCCGUGCUACCACCCGAAUGUGGACACCCAGGGUAACAUCUGCCUGGACAUCCUGAAGGACAAGUGGUCUGCCCUGUAUGAUGUCAGGACCAUCCUACUUUCCAUUCAGAGCCUGCUAGGAGAACCCAACAUUGAUAGUCCUUUGAAUACACAUGCUGCCGAGCUCUGGAAAAACCCCACAGCUUUUAAGAAGUACCUGCAGGAAACCUACUCAAAGCAGGUGUCUAGCCAGGAGCCCUGACCAGGGCUAUCCGGACUCUCCCUGUGUUAUUUUUUUUCCUUAGACAGUCUGUCCUUUCCUUAAUUUCUGUAUAGGACUCUGUAUCUUGAGCUGUGGUGUUAUUUUUGUUUUGUUUCUGUUUUUAAAUUAAGUCUCUGGUUGAGCCCUUGUGAUGUAUAUUAAAUAAAUACAUUUUGGUUGUUUUUUA